UCCGUGAAGAGCUACGUAAUAGACCCCCAGGUUCAAGUUUUGGCGCCACUGGCCAACUUUGAAUUGCGUAUCGUUCAUCACGCGAAUAUAAAAUAACACGAAUUACGCACUGGACCGAUAAUACGCGCGUGAUAAAAGUAAGCUUCUGUAUUAGGUAUUUUUCACGUGCACAUGAACAUGGACCUGGACCUGGACAUGUACAUUUGCAACAAGUGCUUCGCGCCGACGUACAGGGGAAAACAUCCGUACUACAUCACGCAGUGCGGCCACAUUUUUUGCCAGAAGUGUCUGCAACAAGUCGAAAACCAGUGCCCGCAAUGCCAACAAGUCGGUCCGAAGUCUAUACCGUUGCGGGAACCAUUAGCGCCCAAGGUGACCCCGUUUUUCGUGCCUCUUGAGGAGACUCUGGGGAUACUAUUAAAAGUGGAUUUAUUUCGUAAGAAUCAGAUGAAAUCGACGAUGCAGCGUUUUCACGAGCUUGACAAAAAAUACGAGAUGCUGAAGAAGCAGUACUGCAUCCUGGGGCGCAAUUUAAAACUGCUAACGCAAAAAUAUCUCAAUCUCAAGUCCAUGAAGGAGAAGCUCGACAAGAAAAUGCUGGUUUCCAAGAUACAUGAAAACUUUUCACCGUCCAUCUUUUCAUCUGUGUCAUCCAAGAUGACGCUAAUGACGCCAACCUCCGAUACAUUUCCUUCAACGAGCACGGGAUAUUCCUCAGGAUCAGGAACUAUGAGAUGUAGUGAUAUAUCAUCUAUGCUAUCGAUUGACUCCAACCAUGACAGAAUGAAUGAUGGCUUCCGCAUACCCAGUAACCGCAGGCCACCAAGGUCCAUCGGUUCGUUUAUUUCGAACAGCAGGUCAAAUGGUCGAAUUUGAGCUGAAAUAAAUUUUUCUCCUUUAAUCUCUUUAUUUCUUAUUUAAAAAGUUGCUAUUAAAAAUUAUUAAAAGUUAAAAAUAAGUUAUUAUUAAAAGUUAUUAUUUUUUAAAAAGUUAUUAAGAAAAGGCAUCAGAUGGAUGAUAAACGUCGAUUUAUUUUUUUAUCCUUUUUUUAGUUAUGAUUAAAAACAGAAUAUCACCAAAGAGAAAUAUAUAUAUGCAAAAUUGACUUGUAACUAUAUAUAUAUAUAUUAUUCCCAUCCUAGAUCGUGAAACAUAAAAUCCAGUUUCUAAAAAGAACUAAGCAGUAGUAAUACAUAACCUAUCACGCACGCAUAACGUAACCUCACUUUAUCCACAAGUGUGCGUCGUGCAUAUUAUAUGAUUUGAGAGUAAAAA